GUCGUAUCCUAUGCAGCGGCGCCGAUCAGCUGACAUCUGACAGCAGAACCUGUUGGUGUCUGUCAAACAUUUCCGGUGCGCGGUUUCGGCUGCCUUCGUCUGUCACGUCAUCGACGUCACGUUCACUCGUCGCAGCGGUCCUUCGAGAACUGCCCGCUGUCGUCAGGUGAAACGUUGAGAAGCUCGUCGGGCGUUCGAGAGAAAGCGGCCCCAGAACAGACAUGGAGCGCUGUGUAGCCGCCGUGUUGGUCGCUGUGUUGGUGGGACGGGUCCAGAGCUGGGAUGAAGGGGCGGUUCUGCUGCGGGACGUGCAGGUGUUAACCCUCUAUAAGGGCCACUACACCACCGGCAGGCGCAGCAGCCCCGUGCUGCAGCUCCAGUGCGUGGGAGGCUCCGCCGGCUGCAGCUCCUUCGUCCCAGAUGUGGUCCAGUGUCAAAACAAGGGCUGGGACGGCGUCGACGUCCAGUGGGAGUGUAAGACUGACAUGGACAACGCCUUCCGCUUCGGGCGCGUGGAGGUGAGCUGUGAAGGCUACAGCCACUCUGCAGACCCCUACGUGCUGAAGGGCUCCUGUGGGCUGGAGUACACGCUGGAGCUGACUGCCGAGGGCCGGAGGAGCUCCCAUGCUGGUUCCAAGGGCUUUGGAGGGCUGGGAGGAUUCGCCUCCAGUUUCUUUAAUGGCUUCUCUGGGAGCAGGCAGCAGCAGCAGAGUUCGUUCUCUGCCGGCGGCGAGGACUCAGGGGGCCUGUUGCUGGUCGUUGUGCUCCUACUGUUAGCCUAUGGGGUCUACAAGCUGUUUCUCAGUGGGAACAUGACCCAGUGGGGGCAGGAUGGAGGACAGGCCGGGUACCCCGGAGGUCAGCACCCUGGCCCGUCUGCAGGGCCACCGCCGCCAGGAUUCAAACCCGACUUCACAGGUCAGUUCGGUUCCCACCCAGGCUACGGUUUCCAUAGUGACUACACUCAUGGACAGCAGUACGGACAGCAGUAUGGACACCAGUACCCAGCAGGCCGAGCGGCUCCCGGCACUGGGGGAGGCUUCUGGACCGGCAUGGGGACGGGAGGGCUGCUGGGAUAUCUGCUGGGCCGCCAGAGAAACCAACCCCACAACUACAACUACUCCCACUUCAGCAGCAGCACACCUCCUCCUGCAACCGGCUCCUCCUCCUCUGGGACGCGCACGGCUUCAGGCUUUGGAGGAACCAAGAGGAGAUAGAAGAUAGGAGGAGAGAUAGGUGGAUGUGGACAGAGCCUUUCUAUUUGCUUCAGCUCUGCGGUGAAUCUUGAUGCAGUCUCUCCUGAAUGUCCUGUGCCUCACAAUGAUGCAGCUUCUCUGUCGUGUGGCUGUAGCUGAUGGAGUUUUCUAUGUAAUACACUGUAGAUUUUAAACACGCAUUGGCAGGUUUUUUAGGUAAAUAUUCUGUAUUUAUAACAAGAAAUGUGGGUUUUGGAAAACCAGCACAUAAAAAGGUGAUAGUUGA